UCGGCAUUAAAUCCAUGGAAUAAUAACGUCGUGGUCGUGACGUCGUGGUGGUCGUCGUCGGUGACAUUCAUUCCGCUCGGCUACGCAAGUCUAUCUGUUUGCAUAAAUUUCUGACCGUGAAGGGAUUCAAGCAGGAUGGCAAGGAUAUCCGCUAUAAAACAGUCCCUGGAAAACGUCCUGAACGAUGAGACGAAAGCGUGGACCAAGUACCUCGCCAAGGUGGAGAAGAAAAGCGGGGUCGAUCGUCUAUACAUCUUUCUAGGUAUCAUAGCAGGCUCUGCGUUGUAUCUGGUGUUCGGUGCAGGGCAGCAGCUUGUCUCGAAUGUGUUUGGCUUUCUUUACCCGGCAUACUGUUCUAUGAAAGCAUUGGAGAGUCCUACCAAGGACGAUGACACCAAGUGGCUGACUUAUUGGGUAGUAUUUGCAUCCAUGACCAUUAUUGAGUUCUUCUCGGACUGUAUCCUAUGCUGGUUCCCCGUCUACUGGCUGUUCAAGUGUCUGUUGUACAUUUGGUUGAUGGCUCCCAUUGAACGCAACGGGUCUGUAACACUGUAUCACAGUAUCAUUCGACCAAACUUCCUUAGAUAUCAUCACAAGGUCGACGCGUUGAUCAACUCCGCGCAGGACGCAGCGAAAGUUGCGACGAGUGCGUUGCUGACAGAAAAACAAGAUUAAGAAGAAAUCGAAUGAAUCCGUAUCCCCCAUCCGCUAAUUUUUAAUUCAAGUGCCUGGAUCGAAGAAGAAGAACAAGAAUAAAAGAGAGAAAGGUGCUAAAAAAUUUGUAGGGAAAGGAAAAUUAAAGGAGGAGGAAAUUUUUAAUCACCCGCUGGACUCGGAUUGAAUGCUGUAUUUUAUGUACCUAGCGGGAAAAAUAAAGGAAUUUGUACGAUUCCCGUAAUCGCGAUAGUCUUAA